AUGCAAGCCUUCUUCAUGGGCAAACGCGUGGAUUGGCAGCCAGGGCUGGGUGUCGCAUCAAAGGCCGUGGAGGUUGGCGGUGAGCUGCCUCUAGGGAUUCGGUUCGAACGCCAGGAUGGUGCCUUCGUGAUCACUGAGAUCAUCAGCGGGGGAUCUGCGUCUGUGGGGGAGCUGGAUGUGCAAGUUGGAAAUAUCAUUCAUGCCGUGAGCUGCAGUGUGGGUGGCAAGAAGCAGAUAACAACUGCAUUCGAGGUCGACACAAUAGACCAGAUGUCGCAGGCCAUUUGUUCCAACGACGAUGAGAGGGUAUUGAUGCUAGUUGAGAAACCCGAUGAGGGUGCCGCAGGCGCCGUCAGUUUCUUGACCGAUGUAGCAACCCGAUUAUGA